CUACCACACUAGUGUACUUACAACUGCUUGCGUGCGUAGACUCGAAAAAAAUCGUGCGCGGCACAUGAGUUUUUAUUUGCGAAUUAGUACUUACUUAAUUUAAAUGAUAACUUAAGUAUAAUGUCAUUUUACAGUCAACGUAUUUUAGUUUCUUUUUUUCUUUUCAUAUUUCUGAUGAACCUGACUUAUUCUAAAUCAUGGGAUCUCGCAGUAACGAUAGGACAAGAAGUACAUUUUUUUUCCCAUGAUGGUACAUUAAUGAGACGUAUUAAGAAUAGAUAUGCUGUAUCGUUGUCUGGAAUUGCAUAUGAUAAAAUAUCAUAUCGUUUGUAUCUUAGUGAUUCCAGGAAUAAAAAUAUAUCAAUUUUUUCAAAGAAUCUACGAUCAGAAGAUUCUGAAAUAAAUGUACUUCUCAACAGAAAACAAGAGUUUUGGAAUAUCGUUAAUAUCAUUUAUGAUCCUAUAUCUCAAUCACUAUUAUGGACUGAUAGUAAAAAAAAAGGAAUAUUCAAAUUAGACGUUAGUUCAGAGGAUAAAGUUUUGAAACCUGAAGUAAUUUUAAAUUUAAAAAAUGAAAAUCCACAAGGUAUUACAUUAGAUAUGUGUGAUCGACGUUUAUUUUGGACAAACAGUAACAAGUCUCGUUCAAGUAUUUCAAGUUCAACGUUGGAUGGAACAGAUUAUAAAAUCAUAAUAAAUACUGAUUUAUAUGAUCCAGUCGCACUUACAUUUGAUCAUACAACUAGAAAAAUUUAUUGGAUAGAUGAUGAUGAAGGAAUACAUUAUAAAAUAGAACGGAGUAAUUUUGAUGGAUCGCAUCGAGAAUUAUUGGUUCAUGGAAAACAUCAGCAACCUUUUGAUAUCACAAUUGAUCAGAGUACAAUAUAUUGGACUGAUUCAGUUUAUGGUGCUAUAUGGAGUAUAAACAAGGAUAUAAAAUCAGAUUCGACACCGAGGAUAUGGAAAACAUUUCGAGAUUCAAACGUUGAUGCUAAUCCUACUACUCUAAUAACACAAGACAAUAUUGGUCCUAUUGAUUGCGUUGUAUUCGACACACAACUUCAAAAGUUGUCUUCAGAGGUAACAAACAAGAGUAGUGAACAAUAUACAUUCACCAAUAAUGAGAAUUUUUAUGAACCUAUUACUGAAAUUUCUCAAACAUGCUUUUACAAUGAACUAUUUGAUAUUAUCAAUAACAAGUGUCAAUGUGAACACAGUUUCAACGAUCUCCUUUGUAAAAAGAGUGUCUGCCAUAACUAUUGUCUACAUGGUGAAUGCACAAUUCUUGAAAAUGGUCGACCACACUGCAACUGUGAUGAAAACUAUCAGGGACAACAUUGUGAACAGAAUGUUUGUUCUAAUUAUUGUUUAAAUGAUGGUGAUUGCACUUUGAAAGAGGGUGAACCUCACUGUACUUGUAAAUAUUCACAAGGUGUAAGAUGUGAAGAAAUUUUAAAUGCGACAGAGGUAUGCAUGAACAUAUGUAAUAGUGUUCAAUCUACGUCGAAUGAGCUCAAUUUAGAUGGUUGUCGCUGUGAAGAAGUUCAUUAUGAUAAGAAAAUUUCUUAUGGUGAUAAUUGUCCUGAAACCAAAAUGUUUAUGAUAAUAUUUUUAACAAUAAUUGGAGUGCUUCUAAUAAUUAUUACUAUACUUGGUUAUAUACUUUUUAUAACUCGCAAAAAACCGAUUAUUAAAAAAAGAUUUGUUGUUAACAAAAAUAUAUUGACUCCACUGACAUCAAGGCCAUCAUCUAAUAAUCAGUGUGAAAUAGUAAUUGAAAAUUGCUGCAAUAUGAAUCUUUGUGAGACACCUUGUUUCGAUCCUGCAUUGGAGAAAUUUAGUCCCAAGCAAAUUACUCGAAAUGAAAAAGAAUUACUAUUGGAAAAUACCGAUAAUUACCAUACUUCUUAAUGCAACCUUCAUUCGUUAUUCAAAUAGAAUAAUUAAGAUUCAUCGUUAAGAGUACACAAAACAUACCUCAUUAAAUUUUACUUAUUUCUGAACGUUGUUUGCCGUAACAAUAAUGAACAAAUAAUUGAUCGUUAUAAUAA